AUGAAUAUUUUGCGCUGUACGUUGUGGGCGAAAUAUUUGUUUCCUGUCGAAGAGCAGCAUACUUCUUUAGCUUUCCAGACAAAGCUACAUAAUGAGCACAGAAUGUUAUGUGAAAAACAUUUUAAUGAUGAUGAUUUCACUGAUGCUUCCAAGAAAAAGCUGCUUAGGACUGCCGUCCCUUGUGAUCCUGAGCUGUACAAGACAGGAAAAGAAACAUUUUCCCCUAAGACAACUGUAGUUGAGGAAAAAGUAGUGGCCUUGUUGACUCCACAACUUGAACCAUUACCUAAUGAUUUUGACUCAUCAGCACCAUAUUACACCAUAGAUAUUGUUGAAACACAGGAGUUAAACAAUACGCAAGAUUCUUCUCAAGAAGUAUUGGGUGCAAAAGAAGAUUCUGUGGAUCAACCUCAACCGGUGGAAGUUUGUAAAAGAAGAAUUUCCCCUAUUCUGUUAUCAGAUAGUACACCAAGAAAAAAGAUUUGUGUAACUGAACCAAAAAAGAAAUAUAUAAAUAAUAUCAGUGCUUCAAUAAUAAAAGGAAAAAACGAGAAGCAAAUAAAUGAAGAUGCUAUCACAACUAAAAAAUUAGAAAUAUUGGAGAUUCAACUUCAACAUGAACGUAUGAAAUUAGAAAAAACAAAAAUUUUACUAGAUCUUGAUAUUGAGUUAAAGAGGAAUCUUUUAGAAAAUUCAAAAAUGGACUUGGAAUUAAAAAAGAGGAAUUUUAAUUUAUAA